AUGAUUCACGACGCAUCGCACCAGCCACAGCCUAUCGGAGGGACAGUGCCCCUCGCCGUCGAGCAGUCACAGAACAACCAUCCCGCGAGUUCGGGUCCUAGCGCUCAUGUAGGUGACAGCACGGCUCACAUCAAUGUCACGGAGCCUGCUGUCCUGAGCUGGGAGCAGCGCUUCACCGUCGAUGGCAGGGUGUACUUUGUCGACCGUUUGAGUGGCUCCGAGUCCUUGCGUGACCCUCUAUAUGGAAUCCGCCAGCUUGGCCCCUUGCCAGGAGGGUGGGAAAUCCGAUGGAACAACGACUGCGAGCCACUUUUCUUCAACCUGCAGACGAGGGUCGCAACCAUCGAAGACCCAAGAACCACCCCAGCCCGUACGGAAACGCUGGGUCAGUUGCCAAUAGGGUGGAGAAUGUCUUGCAUUCAAGGCAAGAUAUGUUUCUGGAACAGCAACCUCCGUAAGGCUACCACACAAGAUCCGCGACUGGCGGACAUACCCCUGCCUCUGGGUUGGGAGAAAAGGUAUGACCCUGCCUCGGGUCGGGUGUACUUUGUAAACCACAACACGGAAACUACAACUUGGGAGCACCCAAGCCCUUUGCCAGAUGGUUGGGAGGCUCGAGCAAGGCCAGAUGGGAGGCUAUAUUACGUAAAUCACAAUACCAAGACGACCAGCUGGGACGACCCGAGAGACAUCAGCGAAGUCAACGACAGUAGCGAAACCAGUCUCUUGCCAGCGGAAUGGGAGCUGACCUGGACUACCGACGGCUUGCCUUCCUUGUUCGAUAAGACUACAGGCCUGACCACUCUGCUAGACGACCCGAUCACAAAUAUUCAAACUGGGUGGACGUUCACCGAAGAGCUUAGGGAUGGGUGGUCGAUGCGGCACACGCCAGAAGGGCACAUCUACUUUGCCAACUCUGUUUCCAAGGUCACCACCUGGAGUGAUCCUCGAUACAAGAUCCUGCUGCCUGAGAGCAGUCUGAACGUCUCUGACUCCGUGGCAACCGCACCUAGCAAUUCACCAACAACCCAGUCGAUUCCGGUUCAACAGUCUGCAUAUCUAUCGCCAAAGCGUUCCAUCAGGAGAAAACCAGUAGCCCUUUAUCAAUCAAAUUGUAGUAAUGGCUCUACCAAGACACCAAAUCGGUUAAAAUCAGAGGCCAACGUUGACCCACUUGCAUCUCGCAUGGCGGCCAUAACCAUCCGAGAAGAGGAAGCAGAGUCUGAAUCCGAGUCAGAGCCAGAAGGUGAAUCGACCGCUCCUCUAUUCGGUUACCAUCCUAUAGAAUCACCCACCCACAUCCGUGUCCUUGACAUCCACCCAGCAGCUGUACUGGACCAGCCGAUAGUCUGCACUAUACGUCACGUCAACCUCGACCACAGGCCGGCUUUCGAAGCGCUGAGCUACACAUGGGGUGGGAAGGAGAACCAGACGAGCAUCUCGCUCAACGGACAGCCCUUCACGGUGAUGGAGAACGCAGCGGGAGUGCUCCGCCGGCUUCGGAUUUCCGGGCGGGUGAGAACCAUUUGGGUGGAUGCCAUCUGCAUUAACCAGCGCGACAAGGUAGAAAAGGAAGACCAACUCCCAUUGAUGACGAGGAUCUACCAAGAGGCGCAGCAAGUGUGUGUGUGGCUGGGAGAGCUGACAGAAAGUGCGCUGAUCGGGAUGAAGAGUAUCAAUAAUGGCCGCUUCCUCAACAACGCCAUGUCCUGGCACGGUUGGAAAGCGGAGAGGAAGCACGGUGGUCUGCUGUUGCCCCUCUCUCAGAGGUUCAAGGGCGGCAGCUCCAUGCAAGACUCGGGUCACCGUGUGUACGAGUUCGAGCACGGAGAGAUCCGGGAGCUGGUCAAUAGGCCGUGGUGGGAGCGCGUGUGGAUCAUGCAAGAGGCCAUCGUCGCCAAGAGGAUCGUCAUCAUGUGCGGAGACCAGACUGCUACCUGGGAUCGGAUCGAGGUGGCAAUCAAGAACUCCAUCUGGAGGGCGCCAGGGCCCGAGGAUGACUUUGGACUUGGUGACAGCAAGAAUUCUCGCCUCUUCAACGACAAGUACCUGGCAGUCAACGAAUAUCGCCAGAAGUGGGCACAGGGAGUUUUCCACGUCUCGGUGUACAAGAUGCUCUACGACUUCAGGGGGCUUCGCUGUUCAAACGCUCGGGACAGAGUCUAUGGCUUCUUGGGAUUGACAUCUCUUGUGUCGCAUCCUGACUUCAAGGCCGACUACAAAGCGCGGGUGUGGAGGUCAUACGCCCGGUUUGCGAAGUCCAUGAUCAAACACACUGGCACGUUGGACAUCUUGAACUGCACGAGAGAGUGGAGAACUGUGGAAGCGAAGGAAGAGCCCCCUUUGGUGUUUAGUAUGCUUGACCAAGCUCGGUAUCACGAUAUCCGCGGCACCGUGUCUGAUAGACCCGGGGAUAAGCCCAGGAUGGGCUGGGUGCGACUUCCACCGGGUUGGGAGAGAGUGCAACAAAGCAAGGACUCUUUUUACUACAUGGACAGGAACACAGGUAUGCGGCAUGAGAAGAGUCCCUUCAAGGACCAGCCACCAUCAGCGGCACAAGAGAUCAGUCUGCAGAGGGUUCUCCCCGAAGGUUGGUCAAAGACAUGGGACAACCUGGGCAAGGCCAGAGUCGCAUAUGACCCGGACCAUCAGCCAUAUCGACCACCCCAGAAACUGGUCAAAGACCUUGCCAAGCUGCCGACAUGGGCACCCAACUGGGCCGCAAAGAGACACAUUGAUCCCGCGCCACCGCUUGACUGGUCCGAGACCGAGCCCUUAUACUGCGCGGGCGGCAGAUUGGGCCCUGCCAGUGUGUAUCCGGAUACGAACCUUCGCGCGCUGGUCGUGGACGGUAUGGAGUUUGACAUCAUCUCCCAUCUGUCCGACGCCUGGCAUCCAGAGUCAGACGUUUUCGAGUUGUCGCGUAGCCAAAUCAGCGUGCUCGAGACGUGGGAAGCCCUCGCCAUGGCCGAACUUGGGCCAGCCUGCCCAUACGGCGGGGGUAGAGCUCGCAGAGAUGCUCUCUGGCGGACACACAUAGCUGACUUUGCAGGGAAGAAGGCUGCUCCGCCCUCUCUUGGCUGGGCCGUGGAGUGCUGGUACGACCGAGACGGGUGGGCCAAGCCGCUCGUCGACCCCGUGAACUUGGUCUCAAGCAUAUACCACAUGCGAAGCUUCUGGUCGAAAGCGAUGCAACACGGUGCCGAGAUGCAAAAGAUGACCCAAUACGUGAGAGACUUUUGCAGGGAGUGGAACAAGAAGCCGGAGAAGACCGACGAGGAAAUUGAAGCCAUGGGCCUCAGAGAAACAUUAAAGUGGAUUGGUUCCGAGGCAACUGACGAGUUCAAGCUCGAAGAGGGUGCCCCUAAAGAAUACGGCAACUGCGUACGCCGAAUCUAUCAAGCCUGUGCCCACCGGAGGCUCCUCGUAACUUCUAGAGGGUACCUCGGCCUGGCUCCCUGGAAUGCGCAAGUGGGAGAUGCUGUUUUCGUCCUGAAGGGGGGCAAGACGCCGUUUCUGCUUCGGGAACAUGAGGUACCAGGUCAAGGGUAUAAGCUAGUUGGCGAGGCUUUUGUGUAUGGGAUAAUGGGUGGGGAGGCUGUCGAUCUUGCUCCAGAGGUGAAACAGGUUCCGUUGUUGUAG